AUGAAAGUGAGCGCUUGAAAUUGCAAAGAACGCGCAGUUAAAGAUUGACAAGCAGUUUGACUGCGUCUCUCCAGUUUCCAAACUGAGCAACAUAUGUUAUUUUGGAAAGAGAAGGACCCAAACCGGUUCACCCCCAAUCGAUCCGGACCUUACCCAGAGUUAGUCCGCCAUGUCUCAUGGUGAAGUGGGUCCUCCGGCGCAGCAGCAGCUGAAGUCCGCCGGAGAGUCAUCAUCAUCAUCCCCCCCGGAGGAGGAGACGUGCCGGGCUCUAGUGCUCACCGGCUACGGAGGCUACGACAAAGUCAAGCUGCAGGUGAAAGCCUUCAAGAAGCCCGCGCUGCAGCCCGGAGAGGUCUUGGUUCGGGUGCAGGCGUGCGGGCUCAACUUCGCGGAGCUGAUGGGCAGGCAGGGGCUGUACGAGCCGCUGCCCGCCCCGCCUGUCACUCUGGGCAUGGAGGCCUCCGGAGUCAUCGAAGCUGUCGGAGGAGACGUGAAGGACCGCAAAGUGGGGGAUCGUGUCAUCAUAUUAAGCCGCUGCGGCGCGUGGCAGGAAGUCGUGGUGGUGCCCGCCAGUCGAGCCUUCCCCAUGCCCGAGUCCAUGAGCUUCGAGGAGGGCGCCGCCAUCCCCAUCAACUACAUGACGGCGUACAUGAUGCUAUUCGAGAUGGCCAACCUCAAGCCGGGCAAGAGUGUGCUGGUCCACAUGGCUGCAGGUGGCGUAGGCAUUGCUGCCACCCAGCUGUGUCAGAUGGUGUCCGACGUGACCGUCUUCGGCACAGCGUCGGCCUCCAAACACGAUAUCAUCGCAGAGGUCGGCGUGACUCACCCCAUCGACUAUCACACCAAAGACUACGUGGAGGAAAUUGGUAAAAUCAGCCCCAAAGGUGCUGCCAACUGUGUGACGGGCCAGAAGAGGAGCCUGCUGGCCAUGAUGAAGACGUGGUACAACCAGCUGUCCAUCAACACCAUGAAGCUGAUGCAGACCAACAAGGCCGUGUGCGGCUUCCACCUGAGCUACAUGGACGACGACCACAUUCAGGACGCCAUGACCUCCCUGCUGGAGCUCUACAGGCAGGGCAAGAUCAAGCCUCACAUCGACUCCUGCUACCACUUCGAGGAGGUUGCUGAUGCAAUGAGGCGCAUGCACGAGCGCCAAAAUAUUGGCAAGGUCAUCCUUCUCCCUCAGCCCAAAAAGCAGAAUGAGAAGAUGACGUCCAGCUCCGAGCCAGAUGGGAAGAAAUAACAUGAACAAGGGAUUGAGUAAGACGGUUUUGUAGAAUUGUAUUUUUCUACAAAUUGUUAUGUCAGUAUUUUUAAACCUUUUUGAAGAAAAAUAUAUAGUGCAAUAUUAAACAAUCAAGCCUUCAUAUUGCUACAUUGCUAAUUUCUUGAAUGUAUUCCAGUUAUAUAAAAUGGCAGCUGCAAGGCAGGCACUACUUCUAACUCUGCAGCUGUCUUGUAAUAAAUAUCAUUGUAAUAUCCAAACAUAACCAGCUGCACAUUGUGGUCAUUAAUGGGUUAAAUCAAUGCAAAA